AUGGAUGGUGACCUCUGUGACCAGAAUUAUGAACUCUGGGAGCAGAAAUAUUACCUCACUGAGAAUCGAGAUGACCUCAGGAAGGAGAAGGAAAUCCUGACUUCUCAGCUGGACUUUGAAACCAUCAGAAGACAUGAAGUGGAUGUGACUCUAGAUCCUGAUUCUGCACAUCGUAAACUCAUCCUGUCUGAUGAUGGGAAACAAGUGAGACAUGGAGAACUAAACCAGGUUCUCUCUGACAACGGGAAGAGGUUUACAAAUUGGUCCUCUGUCCUCGGAAAUGUGGGCUUCUCAGGGAAGUUCUACUAUGAGGUGAAAGUGGAGGGGAAGACUGAGUGGACUUUGGGGGUGGUCAUACAGUCCAUCAAUAGGAAUGAGAGUUGUAUACCCAUCCCUAAUAAUGGAUACUGGACUGUGGAGCUGAAGGAUGGAGAGUACACAGCUCAUGCUGAUUCCCCUGUCACCUUCACCCCGAGAGAGGGGCCCCAGAAGGUGGGGGUGUUUGUGGAUUAUGAGAAGAGACAGGUCUCCUUCUACAAUGUGGAGGACAGGUGUCAUAUCUACUCUUUCACUGACUGCUCCUUCACUGAGAAACUCUAUCCAUUCUUCAACCCUGGUGAUUCAGAUAGUAUUUCACUGGUCGUCUGUCCUGUAGAUGCCACUGACUGACUGUUUUAAAUCAAACAAGGUGCAAUUGUUAUUUGUGAAAUGCUUGUUACUCUGCUAAUGUGCUAAUGUGCAGUAAAUAUACUGUAUAUAAUUUUAAAACGUGCUCUGCUGUUGGGACUCUGCUGUUGGGACUCUGCUGUUGGGACUCUGCUGAUGAGACUCUGCUGAUGGGUCUCUGCUGAUGGGACUCUGCUGUUGGGACUCUGCUGUUGGGACAGCUUUAUGUAGGUCCUGAUAGUUUGUGGGCACCGUUUGUAACCGUUAUCGUGCAAUUAAUGUAUUGUGUUGUGUAGUGGCAUUGCUGGAAUGCACAAGAUUUACAUGCUAAAAUUGCAACUGGUUGUGUAACCUUUCUGUUGUGUGCUCCUACAUUUAGGUAACAAUGUAGUAACAGCACAAAAAAAAUGUGUUCAACAUAUUGAUCAUUUGAUAAUUAAAUGUUCUGAAAGAGUGUU